GUGAAUAUUUUCUGGUUUCUUUCCUCUGUUAAAGAAAGACAGGUAGCAGUAAAACUGACAGUACUCUGAGUAUAAUGUGAACUGUGUGUAAAUAAUGUAGCUGGAAUCUGCUCUCUGGAUCUUUAAUUUAUUUUUUCCUACAGAUCAGUGACAUCAUCACCUGUAGGCCAAAGACAGUCGAUCAAAUAAAACCAAUUGAAAGGUGAAUUGAUUAUCAAUCAAUCAUCCAUGAAAUAUCUUUGAAUAGAGAAGAGAUUUGUUUUCUGAAAUGAUCAUUUUGUUAGUAUUUGUUCUAGUUUCGUAACUAUGAGUUCAGCAGGCCCUGGUAUUGAUUAUUGAUCAGUAUCUGAUGCAGUCAGUAAAUAAACUGCAGAUUCUUUUUGAUAGUAAACCACAGAAACCUGGUGUCAGCCUGCCCAGGUUUAUAGAGGACCUUAGAGUGUGAACCUCCAGCUAGCAGCUCAUUUAUUCAGCUUCUUCUGUACAGUAUAUUCUAUUUGGAUAUUCAGGAGACAUUUAUUUAAAAGAAUAUUUUAGGGUUGAAACCUCUGAAAUAAUUCAGCUCGUGUUUAAACUGCGUUAGAUCCAGAAAUAAAACGUGAAAUCAGCUGAACACAGUUUUUAUAAAGGAAGUAAUAAAAAGAAGAAAUUCAGAGUUUAGACCUGAACUCUGAUUGGAUGUUUAGUGUCAGGUGACCUUCUGACACAGUGACACCUGUCUGUUACCUGUCUGUACAUCCAUGUCUUCUGGUUUCUUUGCUCUGUGACAGCAAACUGAAUAUCUUUGGACAAAAGCAGACAUCUGAAGAAACACUGAUCUACUUUCUUUACUAUUUUAUUGUAGAGACCAAACAGCUGAUCGAUUCAUCCAGAAAACAAUAAUUAUCAGUUGUAGCUCCAGAAUGAACCUUCAUCAAACCAAACUGCUUUUGAAGAAGUUGUGAUUUCCAUCCAGACAGAGAACAUCAUAGAAUGAAGUGUCAGGAAAGCGUGCGCUCACAUGUACUGAUAAAUGUUUCUGCAGACUUAUUACAUGAUGGAACUGAUGUUCAACCAGAGAAAGACUUCAGAUUACUGGAACAAAGCUGGAUGUGAAGCUCUGCUUGAUGCACAGUCAAGAAGAGCUUCAGGACUGAUCAGAGAAAUGAUUUAAUGAAAAAAGAAUUGUGGAAAAGAAGGCAGCUGGAAUCUAGUUUAGGGACCAGAAUGUGAAGAACAAAGCAGCAGAGACUGGACCUACAUGUAACCAAACACGGUUAUUAAACUACCAGCAUCUACUAAUCUGGGAACAGGAUAACAACUACUAACAACAUCACAGUAUUCACACAGUAAGACAACCUGAAAAACCAAACCUGAAAGUGGUGCUUUCAGGUUUGGUCCUUCUGCAUGUCAUUAACUCAGGAGGGGUUUGGAACAACCUUCAUCAGGGAGGACUGAUCUCCAGAUGUCCCUGCAGACUUCCACAUAUUUCUAGUUGUUCAUGUAAAUGUGAACCAGUUUUAUCUUGUAGCUUCAUUUACAGGUGAGUUCUUCAGGUAGAAACACAAUCAAAACAAGACUAAACACACAAUAUGAACAUUAAACGUCGUUAGACCUCUAACCUGAUACAUAAACAUGUUAGAACUAAUAACUGAAGAGAAGAGCUCUGCUCAACGGAUCACAGGUUACUGACAUCAGUGCUGAGUUUUUAUUCCUGAUAGAAUGUUUGUCUUUCAGUUGUCCAGUGGUCUGGGUUUGGUGUGGGCUCUGUGCUUCAGGACAAGUCUCCAAGACUCUGUGCGUUCUGCUGAGUCCCUUUCUACUUUUAAGAGACAAUUGAAGACUCAGUUGUUCACCUAGGCACUUAAUCUGACUCCACCUUAGGGGUAGAAGAAGUCAGGUGGUCCAAAACCCACACUGUAACAAGUUUCUGUAGUUUUUACAGUAAUAUUACUGUAAAAUGACCAAAUAUCUACUGUAGAACCUGUUUACAGUCAGUUGCUGUAGAUCUGCAAUGCAUCAUGGGUAAAAUUCACUGAGAGGCUAGAUUUACAGUGAAUAAUUUUUUACUGUAAAUCACAUUAUAGUAAAUUUGAGCGGGAAUUUUCAGCAGCACAUUUUGCAUCAACAAACAUUUUCUUCAUCAUCAUGAGAAGGAGGAGGACCAUCUUAAGAUUCUCCUGAACUUUAACAGAUGUCGUUUUCUGGACCUCGCUCAUCAAGAUUCUACUUUUUUUGUCCGUGACUCCAGCAGGGAACUCACUUCAUUAUUUUGUAAUUUUACGUUAAAUUGAAGCAGUUUGGUCCGGUAACGGCCGGUGUGUCCAACAGUAACUGAGAGAAGAAAAGAGACGCUCUCCUCAGCUAGUCAGAGGACUGGACUUUAGCUGACUACUUGCUGAUGAAAUGUUGAUAGAGUUUGGUUUUUACAUUUGUUCAUUUUUAGAAGUUAGCCAAUGUAAUGUUACCGGAUGAACGUUAAAUUUAAACCGUGGACGUUAGAGCGCGCGUGUCUCGCUCUGUGUGUGUGUUAGCUCCGUCAGUCUGUGUGUGUGUGUGUGUGUGUGUGUGUGUGUGUGUGUGUGUGUGUGUGUGUGUGUGUGUGUGUGUGUGUGUGUGUGUGUGUGUGUGUGUGUGUUAGCUCCGUCAGUUAGUGUGCGAGCUAGAUGUGUUAGCUUCGUCCGUUAGCUCCGUCUGUUUGGUAAAUUUUAUCUCUCGUUUUUCUGCUGUUCGCUGCUGAGACGAAUCUGAUGACCAAAGCAGGCCAGACAAACAACACAUUGAAAGAUUUCUGUCAGGAUAAAUCCAGAGCAGAUAAGUGUGCCUCCAAGGUUCAAGCAGACGUUACUGGUACUGGUCAGAUGGUGCUAUGAGAAAAUGGGUCCCUUGGUCCACAUGUGGAAUCAUUCAGCUGGGACAGAACAGCUAAUACCAGAUGUCGACUGUAGCCCAGGAAGAGGAUUCCAUCCCAGAAACAAAUCUCCAAUUCAGGAUGAGGAAUGUACUUCAACAGCAAGUCCAGGAUUAAUAAAUCAUUCAAUGCGUCUUUGGAAGAUGUUCCUCCAUGCUGGAUGGAUCUCCAACAACCUGCUCCUCUGUUCUCUGUUUCUGCUGCAUUUAUUUAUUCAUCCCUGAGGUUGGAUUUUGCUCUCAGUCUGACACAGGCGUGAACUAACCGUGACGUCACCCGUUGGUUUCAACGCCGAGAAAAUGAAGCCCGGAUUUUGCUACUUCCUGGUCGCCGUUUUGGAUUUUUUGGAGCCAGUGACGUAAAAAGCGUCAUCAAACAGACUGGACCGGAGAGCAACUAGGGGCAGGAUUGGCUGAGGACUCUCUUAUCCCGCCCACGUUUUACCGCAGAGGCUUCUGUUGCUGUCUAUCAAGUAUAGCCACGCCCCCUGGCUCCGCCAACUUUAACGAUUUAUUUAAAAUUCAGUAUUGAUUUAUUUUAAGAUCGGCCACCUGAUCUCUCAUUUUGACCAUGAAAACUAACGGGAAAAAAUCCUGAGCUGUAGAACAUCAGUCUAUCAAAUUUUAUUUUUUCCAAAAAUGAAUUGGGGUCUAUGGAGAAAAAGCUUUUUGAGCCAACCCUAGCGGACGGCGUGAUAUUGCAAGUUUUUGACACUUCCGGGUUGGCUUCAAUUCUGGAGCCAGAUGCUACGUCCAUCUUUAUAUACAGUCUAUGGUCUGACACUGUUUUGCUGCAGUACCAACGUACGCCACCAGGAGGAGCAACAAUGUGGUUCUAACUGUAAUAUCUGCAUCUGGAGGAACAGGUGGUUGAAACAAACCAACAGUCAGAGCAGAAGGUGAAGUUCUGGCUGCAGAUGAAUCCCAUUCAAAGAUCAAACUGACGGUGAGGAAGCAGCGUCGACACGAAGCAGCUUCACUCCGUCAGUUCUGCAUUAAAGGUUGCAACAGAAGGCAGGAAACACUUCAUGACACAGUCAACGUCUCUGCAUCACACUGAUACCACAGAGGGAGGAGGAGGUGCUGCAGGGCGCCACUUCACAGGAGGAGGCCCAAGCAGGAGGACGUCCAGCAGAAGCUCCAAGCUGCAUGAAAACUAAGAACAGAGGAGGAAAGACGUCGAGGGGAACAGAGGAGGACAAAAGUUUAGAAAGACGAAGUGAGACAGGAGACGAGUGGACGAAGGUGGAGCACCAGGAGGAGCAGAAGAACCAGAGGAGAGGAGGAGCUGUGGCGUCGCCAUGGAGGAGGACAUCAGGAAGCAGGGGAUGCUCUACCUGCAGCAGCAGAGGUUUGGAAAGAAGUGGAAGCGUGUGUGGUGUGUCCUGUACAGAGAAAGUUCCUGUUCCAUCUCCAGACUGGAGUUCUUUGAGUGUAAAGAUGGAGGGAACGUGGAGAAGAACGACAAAAGUCUCCGUAAGCAGCAGGAACACAAGAAGGUGAUCCGUCUGUCCGACUGUAUCCGGGUGUCGGAGGUGGAGAUGGACGGCUGUCCCAGAGACACCGGACCCUUCCUGGUGGAGACCACCGACAAGAUCUACGUGUUUGCCGCCGACCGGAACCAGCUGGACGAGUGGACGCACAAACUGUGUGAGAUCGCGUUUCCUAUGAGCUGGAUGGAUCCUGGAGUGAAGAGAGGAAGUCUGCAGAGAGCAGCCAGAGUGGAGGAAGACCAAGGAAUGGAGGACAACUUCCUGUACAGCGGCCGAGACACAGGCCGGGACUUCAGAGUCUCUGUUCGGAGGACGGAGGCGUCUGAUCGCUGCCGGCUGAAAGGAGACGGCAUCCUGAGAGCGGAUGGAGACGCUCUGCACCUGCUGGACAGGACAGGUGACUUCCUGUACACCUGGCCGUACAGGUACCUGAGACGCUUCGGACGGGACAAGUCCACCUUCUCCUUUGAGGCGGGGCGUCGCUGUGAUUCAGGGGAAGGAAGCUUCGAGUUCGACACCAAGCAGGGAAAUCUGCUGUUCCAGGCGGUGGAGGCUGCAAUUAACCUGCAGAAAGUCUCUGCCCCCCUCAGACAGACCUCCGGUGGCGGACAGGCAGCUGACGGAGUUUACAGCAUGGUGGCCGAACCUCCAGCCCUCCACAUGGUUCAUCACAAAGACAAAGAGAGUUCUGCAGCUCAGCAGCCACAGCGCCCCCCGCUGUCUCGUCUGGAGCCUCCGGUCGACAAAGCUCUGACCGGCGUUAAGAGUCUGACUCUGGACCCUCGCGGCGGCUCCGCCCCCAGAAAGAACCAGGUGAAGAUGAUCUCCAGCUGCCCGCUGCCACAUGAGUCAGGCCCCGCCCCCAAGCCUGGCCCCGCCCCCAACCAGGACCAGACCUACUCUCAGAUAACACUGUCGGCUGAGCGACAGAGCAGAAGCAUAGCGAAGCGUAGCGGCAGCGUGGCUCCGCCCAUCACGCCGCCGCUGGUCUCCAAGGAGCCCGAGUACUCGCUGCCCUUCGACACCAUCGCCAGCGCCGUCAUGGCCAACCUGCUGGACCCGCGGCCUCCUGGCGCCGACCCGCUCUACGACAGCAUCGACGAGAUGAAGAUCAGGAACGUGUUCGAGGGCGUGAAGGUGGAGCACAUCUACGACGAGCCCGAAGGCUGCGCUGCCGCCACUGCCAGACCGUUCCCGACCGGUUCGGUGUACGACGACCCUGAGGAGAUGAGGGGCGACGCCUGGAGGAUCAUGGGAACUCCUGCCGACCCCAAAGGUCACGAGUUUCCCUACAACCCCCGAGCCGACGACUACGCCGUCCCCAAACGAGCCCACAGAGCAUUUCCUGCCGCCCAGAGCACCGACGAAGAAGAGCCGGAGCAGGGGGCGGAGCCAGAGGGGGAGGGGGAGGAGCAGAGGGAGGAGCUUCAGGAUUCACCGUAUACAAAUGUGAUAGUGAAAAUGUAGAAAACAGGAGAAACAGACAUCAGCAGGAAAUUGUUUCUUCUGUUCAGCAGCUGAUGCACCGAUCUGAGUCCUCCAGUAGGGGGCAGCGUCUCACCUCUUAUCAUGAAUACAUGUCAGCCAAUCAGAACACACCAAACACAUCAUGUGACUGCUGGAGUUUUAUUAUGUCAGUAACUCAAGUAUCUGUAGAUUAAUGUUAGAAUCACAUGUUAAAGUCUGUAGUAUGUUAAUAAUGUCAUGUAUGAAGGACACACACACACAUUUAAUAAACAGGUUAAUAAGUUAAUGUUAGUAUGAGGUGAAAGUUAGAUUAAGAUUUCAUUGAUGUUUAAUUAAUGUUACAUUUAGGUUUAAAUAACGUUACAUUCAACAUGAUUUUAAUUGUCUAAAUAUGGAUGUUUGUCAUAAACAGUGUAGAUGAACUCUGAUUUCUGUUUUUAUUGAUUAUUAAAGUAACGUCUGUACAGUCAUUAA